UCGAUAAAGCCAUAUGUGAAGCGUGUUUGUUUUGGUUAAAUUAUUACACUUUUGUUUGUGCCUUGAUAUUUGCUUGUUUAAAGACUCGGCAAAAUGAUGCACUAUCGCAAGGCCCAGAAUGUUGAGCAGGAGUUGAGCAAAGCCGAUUUGCCAUUUGAGGACUGCCUGCCCAAGUCGCCAAAUGAUUUCCUGUGGAUGCAUGUUAAAGGCGGAACCAAGGUGAGCAAUGUUAUUGAAUUCGCUCAGGCAGCCCUCAACAAAAACGAGCACAGGUGCGUGGUAUGGAGCGGAUCUGGCGGCGGAGUUGGCAAGACCAUAUCCUGCGCCGAAGUACUAAAGCGCAGUCAUCCCCUCUACCAGGUGACACGCAUGGCCUACACAAGCGUGGAGGAGCACUGGAAGCCACAGAUGGAUGGCCUCGAAGAGAUCAUCGCCACUCGCCAGAUUCCCACCCUGCACAUACUUAUGAGCCUGGACGCAUUGCCGGACAGUAUAGAGGGAUUGCAAAAGCCCAACACUGCCACCGACUUUUGGGAAGGCAAUGAGACUCAUCGGAACAGCCAUCCUCGCCAGCAGCAGCAGCAACACCACCAACCUUCGACAGCUGGCAGUCAGCAAAAGAAGCGCCACAGAUCUGGACGCACGAAACCCGCCCAGCAGCAAGUAAAACAGGUGGCAGAGGAGAAUGAACCUUCUAGCCAUGGCCAAGGUUGACAAAAAUAUGACCUGGAACUUAAUUUACCAAACGUACACGUACAAUAAUAAACCUCUAAAACGUUUCGCCCUUUGUAAGGAUAUGCAAAUAAAACUUGAUGUUA